UGUCAUUAGGACAAUUGGAAGGGAAAUACCUCAAGAGCCGAAGGCAGGAAACUUCCUCUUGCAGCGUGGACCUCUUAAUGGGCCCAAAACACCGGCACUCAGAAACACUCAGUCACAGGCAUUGACCGUAUACAUGACAGGAAAAGCUGGGUUGCGCUUGCUCAAUGCACUUCCCUCUCAGUGCAUAAGGAGACCUACUGACACCUAUAACAAGCAUUCAUAACUGGCCACUUUUAGUUUAUUCUAGCACCAAAGACUUUCUUCAAAAUGAUCCUCUUCCUACUUUUCCCAGCUCUGGUUCUAGGUGAAAUGGAACUGCCAACCAAUAUAUCAGCAAAUGUUAUAACAGAAGAAGAUGAGAGCUUUCAGGUUGAGCAGGAGCACCAUGACUUUUCCCAGUGCAACGAGACACUCUUGGAGAAAGUGGCUGAUGAGUAUUGUUCUUGGCCAUUUGACGAGAUUAUGAUGACCAUGGACAAAGAAACGUGGUGUGACUGGGGAAAGGUUAUCAGACCAUACAACGACUUGAGUGUAUGUUUGGAGGCGAUGGCUUCUUAUGUUGGCUGCCGUUACCCAAACAAUGGAAUCCAAGAAUUGUUCUUCAAGACCCACACCCAGUACUUCCAUGAUUGUUAUACCGAGGAAGAGCUUACCCUGGAGGAACCAAAAGGAGUUGUACUUGUUCUGACCCUCGCUCCCAUCAGUCUCAUGAUAGUCUUGGUUUUCCUUGUGGCGUGCAAGAGAAAAAAGGACUGAGAUGGAAUGUGAUUCAGGUGGUAAUGUUGAUUGGGUGUUAUUGUAUUAUCAUGAUACAAUGAUCUUGUGUAUGGUGGGAGGUACAAUUAUAAUCAAUCACUAUGCAUGUUGACAUUUCUGAAAAAAUAAGCCUCCUGCUUAUUUUGCGCUUCUAUUCAUACUGUGUAUUUGUAGGGUCAUCAUCCAACAAGGUUUUGUAAUAAAUUGCUUAAAUCUUCAUCAUCA